AUGAGAUGUCGAGAGAGAAUAAAUAAACCACAGCUCCAUCUAUCGAUCCUCCAGGCAGUCAAUACUCCCGUAGUUGCUCUGAACCUCCCUAGAGAAGCCCGAGUAACAUACGAUUUCUCUGCUGUUCUGACAGAAUUGAAGGAGGGCAGCCAGAGAAGCUCUCUUUUGAUCUUGGGCUUCAGUUGGGUAAACCCACAAGAAAUUGGAAGCCCGUUGGUCAGAGGAAGGAAGAAGAAGAAGAAGAAGAAGAAGAAGAAGAAGAAGAAGAAGAAGAAGAAGAAGAAGAAGAAGAAGAAGAAGAAGAGACAGAGAGAGAAGGAGGGUUUUAAUAAGGACUAG